AUGGCAGACGUAUGCGUGUUAUGUUCCCGUGUAUCAGCACCCGAGGAUCCCUCCUACAAGUGUGAUGGUUUCUGCAAAGACUGGAUGCAUCGUUCGUGUAUGGGUGUAAGUAACGCAGUGUUUAAAGAACUUACCAAGGGAGGCACCCAGUUUCUAUGGCUAUGCCCCGGAUGCUGUGAGCUACGCAGCAGCGGUCGCUCAGUUGUGAUUGCUGAGCUGAACGAUGCACUCAACGAUCUCAAAUCUCAACUAACGGCUGAGUUUGAGUCCCGCAUGUCAUCUGCCUUGGAGAAGACGAAACGUUCGUUGCUCUCUUCACUGACACAUCACACUAGUGUCCGACCCCAGCCCACCACUUCAUCCUCGAACCGCAUUGCCGCAACCGAAACGCACACUCCUGAAUGCACACUUACACCUUUAAACGAACCGGCUAAUCCUGCAAAGCGUCGCCUGAUUGAUCGCUCCCCCCCGUCAGAUGUACAGACUCAUCCACUACUUUCCGGCACAGCCCCGAUAAUAGCUCCAUCUCAUGCCGCAUUAUUGCUGCCACCCGAAACGCCUAGAUUUUGGCUGUACCUGUCGCGCUGCCGACCGAUUGUCACUGUCGAAGAAGUACUGGCGUUCGUUAGGCAGCAACUCAGCACUGAUGAUGUCAUCGUGAGAAAGUUAGUGCCGGCUAGUCGAGAUCCCAGCACACUGACCUUUUCGUCAUUUAAGGUCGGUUUGUCGCUCGCGCUCCAGGAUCGAGCCUUGUCACAGUCCACCUGGCCUAUCGUAACAGCCUUUAAGGAGUUCGUUGAUAGACGAACUGUAAACAACGUAGUACGUUCCGCAACCGAUUUUCACCACCCGCACUCCAUCUCCAGCACUCAUCAACGGACGGAUCUGCAAGAUACUAAUGCUAGCUUAUCGCCGGCACGCACAUCUACAUUGGAUCCCACAACAAUCAAUACCACGGGUCCGUCUUCACCACCACCAUUGCAGGCGCAGCAAUAA